UGACUUGAGCUGGGAAAUUCGAAAUUGUUCUUACGGCUUUGUGAAGUGGGCUUGGAAUAGCCGACCUCGAGGAUGCAGACUUAUCUGGAAUUUAGCUCUUCUCAACUGCAAGCAGAAAAUCAAAAUGAUAUUGAAAUUGCUGUUCAGAACGCUGUGCUACAUGAGCAAGAAAUUGCCACUCAACAAAUUAUACAGAGUCAGAGAGAUGCAGGGUAUGGAAAUGGAACUUCGGAAGAGCAGAGAGACAUUCUCUCAGGACGUCAUGACCCAAAUGCUAUAAAGGAGCAUCUACUUAAAAUGACUAAUGAGCAUCGUACUCAAAUGGCUCUAAAGCGUGGAAAAUCUACCUUAGCUGAGGAAGGUAACUUGGAAAUUGGAAAUGGAUACGGUGUUCCGGGUGGAGGUGCUUAUCAUGUUACUUCAAAGGCCAAUAUCACUGCCACCGUCAAUAAUGUUGAUGAUCAUCAAACAAGCCAAAGAAAUACAGAGCAUGGUGCUGAAUCCAGGUUGAAGCCUGUGGGUAAGGAGUUGCCUGAAUACCUCAAGCAGAAAUUGAGAGCCAGAGGCAUAUUGAAAGAUGAUCCAAAAAUUAAUAAUCAAGCCCUACCUGAUAAUGCAAGUGCAUCUUCCCCUCGUCUUUUUUUUUUCUUUUUCUUUUUUUUUUUGGAUAUGUACACCUUGUGUCAAAUGAGUUUUCUUAUCUUGAGUACAGAAGCUGCGUCAUCUCAGAACAUGGCAAUUGGGAAGCUUCCUCCAGGAUGGAUUGAGGCAAGGGAUCCUGCAAGUGGCUCUUUAUAUUAUUAUAAUGAAAAUUCUGGGACAAGUCAGUGGGAAAGACCAACCGAUGCUGCACCCAUGUUUCCAGCAGCAUCACAUUCAGAACUUCCAGAAGAUUGGCAAGAGGCGGUGGAUGAAACGACUGGUCAAACUUAUUAUUACAACAGGAUGACCAAUGCAUCACAGUGGGAGCGCCCAGGAACAUCACCUAAAAUCUCCUCUCAUCCUCAGGAUGAUAAAUCAUCCAUAUCAAAUAAAUGCAUGGGAUGUGGUGGAUGGGGUGUAGGCCUCGUACAGACAUGGGGUUAUUGCAAUCAUUGCACUCGGGUUCUGAAUCUUCCUCAAAGCCAAUACUUGUCGACACAGCCGGAAACCAGGCAGCAUGGCUCCAAUGCUGUGAAAACUGGAGAAAUUUCGGACAAGGGAUUUUCCAAGCCGAGGUCUAACAUGAAACCACCAAUGGGAAGAGGACAUAAAAGAGAUACUAGAAAACGUUCAUAUUCUGAGGAUGAUGAGUUGGAUCCCAUGGAUCCAAGCUCGUAUUCUGAUGCUCCGCGUGGUGGUUGGGUUGUAGGCCUGAAAGGAGUGCAACCACGGGCUGCAGACACCACUGCCACGGGUCCUCUCUUUCAGCAACGUCCUUACCCAUCUCCUGGAGCAGUCCUGCGGAAAAAUGCUGAAAUUGCUUCACAAAAGAAGAAGCCUAAUUCUAAUUUCGCUCCUAUAUCUAAGAGAGGUGAUGGAAGUGAUGGACUCGGUGAUGCUGACUGAACACGCUUGAGAAUAUCAUGUGUUCUGGACUUGAGAAACUUUUGAGACUACGUUGGCAACAAUGCUAGGAUGACAGAGCAUUCUUGUGUAUUCCAACCCAAAGUUUUAUGAGAAAUAUGCUUCU